AAACCAUCGUGAUCGAUUGAAAUUGCUUUAUCGCUCUAAAAUUGCUCGGAGAUCGUUAUUCUUGCUUUAAGAGGAGCUCGUGAAUGUGUGAUGUCUUAAGUAAUUAACAGUUGACAACCAUGCAGAAAGAGACUCCUCUAAACGUAAAUGUUCACUGGAUAUUAAGAAUCUCCGUCCUCCUAGCGUGCCUUAUCAGAGAAAUCAAGUCCAGCUCGGUGAAACAAGCGCUAGUUGCUAAUUACGAUGAGACCGUGAGACCUCGACUCUUUGAAGGUUUACCUGUUGAAGUGUCGGUACAACUUCAUGUGGAGUCCUUCGGAAAUAUUCAUGAAGCCGACAUGGAAUUCCAAGUGUACUCUUACUUUAAGCAGAUUUGGACUGAUAAAAGACUGGCAGGGAGAAUCAACCGUAGUAUCACCCUCAAGGGGUCUGACAUCAACCGUGUGUGGACUCCUGAUGCUUAUUGUUACAACGCUCGAUUAACAAACUUGAUGUUACCAGACGCAGAAACGCACAGCAAAGUAUCCAUUAGUCCCGAUGGAGUGCUCGAAUACAGUAGAGGGGUUUCAUUCACAGCAUCAUGUGUGAUGGAUCUCCGCAGUUUCCCCCAUGACAGUCAAACAUGUCAUCUUAAGUUUGGAAGUUAUGCCUAUGAUGAUAGUGACGUCAUUUUCAAGUGGUUAAGUGGGGAUGUUCACGUCAGUCGCACUAAUAUGGCGCAGUUCAAGUUUCUGGGCGCAAUGUUUUCUGCUGACCUGGAUAGUUACACGGGUGUGAACUUUACUACCAUAACUGUCUCAUAUACGUUCCAGCGCCGCCUUGGCUACUACGUCUUACAAGUUUACAUUCCUGAUAUCCUGAUAGUCCUGUUAAGCUGGAUUGCGUUUUGGAUGAACCCAGAGAGUGCUGGUGACCGACUCACAAUCGGAAUCACCACCAUUCUGACCAUCAUGUUCCUGUCUGGGGCUGUUAAUGCUUCCAUGCCGCCAGUCAGCUACGCUAAAGCAGUAGAUUGGUAUCUUAUUACAUCAUUUGCGUUUAUUUUCCUCUCGGUUAUUGAGAGCUUGGCUGCGUAUGUGAUGUUUUCGAGGCCAGUUAAGAAAGAUAGCAGUUUUGAAAAAAACAGUGAGAAAUGCCGUUCCCUUCCAUCCAAACUACUGCCAUGUCUUAACACUUACCGGCGAAAAGCUAGAGCCAAAAAGGGAAAAGUCCCUGAUGAAGACAAGUUUAAUGAGCUGACCAUGAACAUGGCAGUAAAGGACCAAUCACUGCCCCUGUCAUUGGAGGACAUCGCUUACAUGGAGGAGAGAGAGAGACGGGAAUCACUCAUACAACAGAGGAAAAAUAACGCAGUCCGAAUAGAUCGUGUGUCACGGAUUCUCUUUCCUGUGGCAUUUGUCUGCUACACAGUUGGUUACUGGAUCAGCUACUCGUGAAUUAAGUCCAAGAGCGUUGCUGAAGGGGGCAGAGGCUAAGUUGUUUAUGAUUCUUCAAU